AUGUUGAGCGAGGGUCGUCGUGUCGAACGAUCAGUGAAGCCGUCGAAUUGUGUCAUCGAAAAUAAGGAGGAAUGGAGGAAGAGGAGAAGGGGCGAUCGAGGUGAGGAUAGUAUCGGCAACGAGAAGAUGAGACCAAACCGAAAUCGCGUCGUGUGGGGGCGGAGACAAGACGAUCGCGAACGAAAUGAGAUUUCCGUUCGAAACCACGAAGAGGAGAUCACGAUUUAUUACGCAACAUCAAACCGCAUUCCGCUGCAUUCCGGCCAGUCAUUCGACUGCGGCCCAAUGCAGCAGCACAUUGUAAUCGAUUCGAACGAACAACAACAUUUACAGCAACAACAAUCACAACCACAACCAAUUAAUAUUGGAAGGCAUGCGUACUUUGAAACGAUCAAAAAUAAAUGGAAUUCCAAUCAGGAAAUUGCUGACAUUUUGUGUUCUGUCCAAGUUCAAUGGGUCAGCUCGCAUAUGAUUCAAAGGCCGGCAUCUGGAACUCAAUUGAUAUUUCCACGAUAUGACGGAACUUGGUUCAAAAACGACGAAUACAUUUGGCGUCGGAGACGAGAAGGCAAGCUCGUACGUGAGGAUCACAUGAAAUUGAAGAUUCACAAACAGCAAGUGAUUUCGGCAAAUUAUGUUCAUUCGGCAAUUGUUCCGACGUUUCAUCGACGCGUCUAUUGGUUGACUCAUAAUCCCGGCUAUGUUUUGGUGCAUUAUUUAAACGAAAGCAACGCUGACGCGGGAAUUCGACAGACCGCCGAUAAAAUUGCCGAAUGUAUGACGAGCAAUAAUGUGCACAUUUCGAUUCAUCAGCUCACUGAUCAACUCAUUCCAAUUUACGCGCAUUGUUUGAAAGCUGAAGAGGUACAGCUACUGGCGAACAAUGUUGCCGAAAUUUUGCAUGUUCGAAACACGAAUCAGCUAGCGAGGCAGCAGCAAACUCAACAGAAUUCAGCUAUUGAACCAAAUCGCGAAUAUCAUUUGGAGCGUCGCAAUUCGUGUAGUUCGGCGUUUCGUCGCGGUCUUUCUUCGAUUGCUCUACGAAGGCAACCAUCAGCGAAUAGCGAAAUCGAUGCCAAUUAUAUUGGAACGAUGAUGAAGAAAUUUGGUUGUGGCAACUCGCCAGUAGCUCCGGUUUGUGCAUGCGGCCCAUCGACCUCGUCAGGAAUCGGAGCAACAUCGUCCGGAACUGGCCCUGAAAGCCUCUCGCCGUCUGGUGAAACUGAUGCGCGUAGUAGUAAUAUGGAUGAGGAUUUGUCAAUUUAUCGACAACCUUCUGUGAAAUCGUCGUUAAACGGCAAUUCGAACUCAUCGAUGUACAUAGAUCGCGGUGCUGUAUCAAGCUCACCAAUGAGCAACAGCAAUAAUAAUAAUAAUACACCGUCGAAUGUUAUGAAGACGAGUAUGAACACGCCUUCAACUUCGACGACGGUUCCGAUAGCAGCGUUAUCGCCUAGUUCUUCUGGUCUUGAGGGCGGCGGAACAAUACUGGUUGUUGGCGGAUGGUAUAUGAAAGGACAUGAAUACCAGCUGGCGUUCGGAAAGAAGCGUGUUCCAGCCAAACUUGUCCAGGCUGGUGUAUUGUCUGCGAUUAUACCUGAAUUCAGUAAAGCGGAAACUGUAAAAAUUCAAGUUUAUUGUAAUGAUAAGAUUGUGUCGUCGCCGCAUGAUUUCUCGUAUGUUGAGGAAAUCGACAAAGAAGAAGCGAUAAAGAGGCAUAACGAGGAUCUGCAGGCGCUUUUUGAAAGAAUUCGGAUAAUUGCGUACGCACUGAAUGCGUAUCAUAUUAUUGAAAAUCUUUCAACAUUCUCUUGUAAUGAAUCAUCAUUAUGCAAUAUAAUCCGGCAAAUUGAGCAACAUUUUGUAUCGACAAAUAACCCGAUGAUUCAUCAUCAAUUAAUUACUGGAAAUGCUCAAAUGCAUACGAAAAAUGUGCUCCAUAUUGCCGCUGCUUUGGACUUUGAUCGGGUUUUUGAAGCGAUUUUCUCGUUGAGUCGUCACUUCGAUUAUUGUCGAGAAUUCGACGUUGUCGCACGCGACGUUGAAGGAUGCACCCCGUUGCACAUCGCUGCUAGGCACUCGUCUUGUCGUGUUGCUCGAUUCAUCAUCGGUGCCAAUCCAUCAAGUGUCGAUGUUCUCGAUGAUCGCGGACGAACGCCGUCGGAAUUGGCAAAUGGGGACGAAAUUGCGGCAACAAUAAUGGCAAAUAUUGAGAAACAAGAGGAUGAAGAGCGCGAUCGACACGUGAACGCUACUGAAUUGUGGGUGAUGACUAAUGGAGAAACUGUAACUCGAGAGCACCUUCUUCUCAGCAAAUUGUCGAAAACGGCUAUUGAAGAGAAAGAAACAAAGAAUGCUGACGCGAAGUCAAACUGCUCCAUGAUGUCAGAAAUAGUUGGAGCUUCUCACGCUGCUCAAUUUCGGGGGAAUUCUCGCGACAUUGAAGACGAUUGUGAUUCGUGUUUCAUCGAUUCUGAAGACGUUAAUCGCAGCCAGUUACAUGUCGAAAUCAGCAUGGACACUGAUGUUCAUGUGCCGGAUUCUCCGAAAAUGGCGAGGCUAUUUCGUGUAGUAACAAGUCCUGGCGUUGUUGUGAGUGAUAUCGCUCGAGCAAAAAUGGCAGAUCUUGCACGGCAAAUAAUCGAAGCUUUACCGGAAAGAAUCAAACGGCAGACCGAGGUCUCCUCGUUGUUUGAAGAUGAUGACAGCGGAAUGUCAUCGCAUCAUUUAGCGUUCACGUCUCAGAACAAUCCAAUGCUCUCGCAGAAUAAUAUGUGCUGUGAUUCAAUGGAUUCGUCGUGUAAUGUGGUUGAUCAAUUGUAUGAUAUGAUGGAUGAACGCUCAUUUGCGUCAACUUCAACAAGAGCCAAUACGUUUGAAUGUGAUUGCCUCGAUUUUGACAAAGAUCUCGGAGAAUUCUUCACCAUCAACGUCGACAAAAGCAUCGAUCCGAUUCAGCAGCGACUCGCGAAUCUGAAAUUCAAUGCUAUGGUUUUCUCGCCGCUUAAUUCGAAACGAUCGGUUCUCGAUUCGAACGAUCAUUUGUUGUAUCGCGGAUUCAAUGAUGACGAACAACGCGAUGUUUACGAAGCUGCGAUGGUGAUUCAAAGGGCUUAUCGCGAGUAUCGUGCCCGUAACACCUCUCGCCGUCAGGAAGAUAUCGAACGACGCGCGGCACUCAAAAUCCAAGGAUGCUACAGACGAUACAAACAGUUUUGCUACUUCAAAAAAUUGCACAAUGCGGCGAUUGUUGUUCAGAAGCAUUUUCGAAUGCGAAAGAAUAACGAUAAGGAGGAGAAUGGAAUGUGUGGAAGUGUUUCGAAUGUUCCUGAACAUCCCACACUUGAUGGGCAAUCGAUUCGGAUUCAAGUUCCGCAGAACAACUCGUCGUUGCUCCGUGAGCAUCGCGCUGCCACCACCAUUCAGCUUGCUUAUCGUGGACAUCGUAAACGUCAAGCAGCGGCGCGUAAAAUUCAAAAUUUUAUGCGUCAAAGUAGAAAUAAGUUGCGGAAAAUGCAUGCGCAAAACGACGACGCUACGUUCUGUGUCCCCCAGCAGCCGCAACAGCUGCAAUCGGUUCAAGUCCAACAGCAACCGCCGCAGCAGCAGCAGCAACAGCCAAUCAGCCAAAUCCAUCAGCAAUUGAGCCACAACGAGAUCUCAACCCAUCUAUCAAUGGGAAUUUGCCAAGCGAUGGCUGGUUCUUCCAGCCAAACUCAGGCCACUCCCAAGUUGUCCAACAACUUCGACCGUACCCGCACUAUCAAUGGAGAGUCAAAUCGUUGGCAUAUUUCAGAAUUAAUGAUUCGUCGACUUGGAGAAGCAACAUUUUAUCGCGCCGAGAGUCCUUCGCAGACUUCAUUGGUCUCGUACCGACAUUCUGAAGUCUCGCUGCCAUCUGUUGAUUAUUCGCAACAGGACAAUAUAUCGUGCAACACGCUAUUCGCUGAGCCAUGGCCAGAAAGUGUUGAGUCGAGGAAACACGUCAAAAAACUCGAAGCGGAUCCGAGUCAGCGGAUUGUCACACGCGAUGAAAUUGCAGAAACCGAGUCGAAUUUAUGCAAAAAGCUGAGCUUAAUCGUUGAUUUGACAUCGGAUUUUACCACAGAUGCCACAAAAUUAUACGAAAGUGCUGAUGAAUUAUUGAAGGAACUUCGGACAAAAAUCCGCAUCUACAUUUAUUAUCUUGACGUCGAAAUGGCGGACGUCGAGAAGCUUCUUCGAUUCAACGUCGAUCGUUCUUCGAUUUGCGAUGAUCGCAUCGAUUGGCUUCUACACUACACAAAAUGUCAUAAAGAAAUGCGCCGAAUUCUCACGGAAUUGUCCGAAGACGUUUGCGAGGAUCUCGAAAAUAGUUUGGAGUUGCGUGCUAAAGGAAUUAUUGGAAAAAAGCCAAGCCAAUCGACUAUAACGAUUCUAUCGAAUAUGCGCGAAGGAAUGCAAAAAGCCUCAAGAUUAUUGGGAUGUGUUCCUCGUCAACGAGCCUAG